GCUGCGAGUUGGUGGGUUCCGCCGCGCGACCCCUGCAGCAGGACAUAGGCUGAAAAAUCAGUAAGAGAGGAAAGCCAGAGGAAGAAACAAUCCUCAAUCUCUUGGAUUCAUAUCUGGCUCAGUCUGCAAACAGCCCUACAGUGGGAGGCAGACAAGUCACAAAUGACCAGACAGGGAGAGUCUGCUACGCAGGAACAGAUCCUCUGCUGAGCACACAGGUCCCUGGUGUCGUCGAGUGGCUGCCAGCAGCAUCAUGAAGGCUCUUCUCCUCCUCAUCCUGCUGGCUGAAGUCUGUCUCGCCUCCCUUGUCCCAGAGAAGGAGAAGAAUCCACAGUACUGGAGGAAUCAGGCUCAGCAGACACUGAAAACUGCCCUGAAGCUGCAGCAGCUCAACACCAAUGUGGCCAAGAACAUCAUCUUAUUUCUUGGAGAUGGCAUGGGAGUCUCCACGGUCACAGCAGCUCGUAUCCUGAAGGGACAGCUGCAGAACAUGAAGGGGGAAGAAUCCCUGCUGGAAAUGGACAAAUUUCCUUAUGUGGCUCUGUCCAAGACCUACAACACCAACGCCCAGGUGCCAGACAGUGCAGGCACUGCCACCGCGUAUCUCUGUGGGGUGAAGGCCAACGAGGGGACAGUGGGUGUGAGCGCAGCCGUGACCCGUGCUCAGUGCAAUACCACCGCGGGCAAUGAGGUCACAUCGAUUCUCAAGUGGGCAAAGGAAGCAGGCAAGUCUGUGGGCAUCGUAACCACCACACGGGUAAACCACGCCACUCCCAGUGCUGCCUAUGCCCACUCUGCUAACAGGGACUGGUAUUCUGAUAACGAAAUGCCCCCGGAGGCCAUCCAGCAGGGCUGCAAAGAUAUCGCCCAACAGCUCUUUGACAACAUCCCAGACAUUGAGGUGAUCAUGGGAGGUGGCCGGAAAUACAUGUUCCCAAAGAACACCAGCGAUGUGGAAUACCAGAAUGAUGACAAGUACAGGGGCACUCGUCUGGAUGGCAAAAACCUCAUAGAUGUCUGGAGAGAUAAGAAACCUAAAGACAAGAAUUCCUGGUAUGUCUGGAAUCGCAGUGCCCUGUUGUCCGUUAACCCGAUGGAAGUGGACUUCCUCUUAGGCCUCUUCGAGCCAAUAGAUAUGAUGUAUGAGCUAGACAGGAAUGUCCAUACAGACCCUUCCCUGACGGAGAUGGUGGAGGUGGCCAUCAAAAUCCUCCAGAGAAAUCCCCGAGGAUUCUUCCUGCUGGUGGAAGGGGGCAGGAUCGACCAUGGUCACCAUGAGGGGAAAGCCAAGCAAGCGCUGUACGAGGCAGUGGAGAUGGACAGAGCCAUAGGCAAGGCUGGUGACAUGACCUCACUGCAGGACACACUGACCGUAGUCACUGCUGACCACUCCCAUGUCUUCACCUUUGGUGGAUACACACCCCGCGGCAAUCCCAUUUUCGGUCUAGCGCCGAUGCACAGCGAUGUGGAUAAAAUGCCCUUCACCUCCAUCCUGUACGGAAAUGGCCCCGGCUACAAAAUUGUAGCUGGAGAGAGGGAGAAUGUGUCCGCCGUGGAUUAUGCUCAUGCCAACUACCAGGCCCAGUCGGCUGUGCCCCUGCGCCAGGAGACCCACGGGGGUGAGGACGUGGCGAUAUUUGCCAAGGGCCCAAUGGCCCACCUCCUGCAUGGAGUCCACGAGCAGAACUACAUUCCACACGUCAUGGCCUAUGCCGCCUGCAUUGGCCAGAACACAAACCACUGCAGCUCCGGAGCCCAGCACAGCACAGUGGGGCCUCUGCCCUUCCUCUCCACCCUUACCUCCGUCCUCCUCCUCAAAUUCUUGUUUUAAGGUCUCGCCCUCAAUCAGCUCACUUCCUUCAGUCACAGACCAGGGCUCUCCAGCUAUCUCAAAUAGAGAUCUUGACCCCAUUCAAAGACAGAUCUUGAAACCUGUCUCACCAUAUGAUACAGGGUCUUCAGGUUUUAACCAUGUUGGACAUAAUACCAAGGCUUCCUAUGUCUCUGGUCAAUGGACCCACCUUGUCCCUGAACCAGGGCAGCUGGCCUAUGGCCAUGAACCACUGUUCAAGAUCAUUAGGGGUGGGGAACUGAGUGAGCGGCUCAGUUGCUGUUGACGCUGCUGAACGUCCCUGGUGUGGAUGCUCUGGAUUCCAAGUUGGCUUCAAGAUCUGGAAAUAUUGGGCUGUUUUUAUAGCAAUAGCCUGGACUGGUUCUGUGAACCCAAAGACAGAGACACAUAGGUUCAGGCUGGGGCAGACUCUCUUGGACCCAGAUGUUUCAUAUCUAAUAAUGUUUUCUUUUGUUUUAAGCUCCUCUAGCCUCACUCAAGCAGUUUUUAAAAAAAUCAGAUAAACAAAACUCACAUAUUAGGAAAUGUUCUGUUCUCCUCUCAUGGCUGCUGAUUAUGUAAAUAGAGGCUUCCUCCCUGGGAACCAAAACCCGGAUCUAAACUUUGAGAGAAGAGGCUUUUGGAAUCUGAAUCCAGAUGUGGAUUUUGGCUCUUUGGUUCAUCUCUGGUUGAUGUUUUCAGAGGACCUUCGGAGAAUUAGUCACUUAAGUCAGCAGGAGUUGGACACCUGGAUCAGAUCCAUAAAGGUAUUUAGGCUGCUAAGUCCCUCCAAUUUCAAUGGAAGUUAGGAGCCUAAAUACCUUUGUGGUUCUGGGCCUCAUCCCCUUUUGAAAAUCCAGUCCUCUGUCUGACAGCACAGAAGUGAUGCUUCAGAUCCUGCACUAUGGCAUCACUGAUGAAAGACUUUCAGCGGGGCCAAAGGAAUCACUCACAUCCAUAGAAUCGUAGGACUGGAAGGGACUAGGGAUGAGAGGUCCUCUAGUCCAGUUCCCUGCCCUCAUGGCAGGACUAAGUAUUAUCAGUGAUGUUUUAUGUUUGAAGCCAGGGUGAUACAAUAUAUGGAGCCCUCUUUGAUUCUUCCCUUUAGCCCCCUUGGUGCCAGGCAUAUUAGGCGCUCCCAGCUUAUGCUGGGGUUGUCACGUCUGUCCCAAACCUUAUGCCACAAUUUGUCCGGGCUCUGCUUUGUCCCUCACAUCUGGCUUGUAGGACACUAAAGGUCUCUGGAAACAAUGCUUGUUGGUCACUUCUUGGUGAUGCUGUGAUGUGAAGAUGUGGAGCAAACUGGCAGGUCAGGUUAGGAACCCAGCUUGUCAGCCAACCCCUCAUGUCUCCCAAGCUGGGCUGGGAAGGUCUGAGUAAAAGCAUUCCUGUGAGAUUUCCUGCAGCCAGUUAGGCCACAGACAAUAUCCCAUGAUCAGCCUUUGCUAACAUAUUGCAGUCCUGGCCCAAGCUCAGCAGUGGGGAGCAACUGGAGAAUAAUGUUGGCCACACCUUUUUUUGACCAUAUAAAAAGGUUGUUUGCGGUGCUGUGGCCAUGUUGGUUCCAGGAUGUUAGAGAGACAAGCUAUCUUUUAUUGGACAGACUUCUGUUGGUGAAAGAGACCAACUUUCAAGCUCCACAGAGCUCUUUGUCACUGACCAACCUCAUCUCCUUCAUAAAAAAGGUCCAUAUGAGUUUCAGGCUGGGUCGUAUUUGAACCAAACUGUUUUCCCUGUCUCUGAUUGCAUCACAGUGGGAUGAUGCAACAGCCUUAGGAGCCAAAAUCCUAUUAAAAGUCAAUGGGACUUCGUUGUGGGCUGUUUCUAGAUACUAGUUGACCAGAGUGGCCAAGCCCCCUGCUGACAGACAGAAAGAAGCAGGGUGGGAGUGAGGGUCACAUUGUCAAAGGCACUUACAUGCCUUGAGAGGCUAACAAUCGUUUCUCCUGACAAGUUGAUGCAGUGGCUGGAGGGGAGUUAUUUGCCAUGCCAUGUGGUGAUUAGUUUCUGAGGAUGCUCAUCGGCAUGCCGUUAGGAGACCUGAGCAAUUUAAUUUGGUAUCAAGGUUUCAUUCAGCUGUUUAAUUUGUCAGUAGUUUGGGGGUUUUUUUUGUAUUUUUUUUAAAUAAAGCCUUUUUAAAAAAUCAACUAUUUCAGGCCAUUUCAGGCCAUAGCGGAUUGUCUGAAGACACUUGAAUUCUUGGGGCCAAUGGGGCGCUGGAAAGACAGCCUUUUUGGCUUCAUAUUCAUAAGAAAACCACUGGCCUGAACACAGCCAGUUUGAAGGAACUGUCAAUCCACUUCAUAACCCAUGACCCAAGACCCCUGUCUGUAUUACCAUAGAAACUGUUGCCAUGGGUGUCAUCCAUGGUGACAGCAAAUCAAUUGUCCAUGAUAAAUAAAUACAAAUCUGGGAAUGCAUCUGGAUUGGAUUUGCA